AAAUUAUAAUCUGCCAACUUCCUGAGGAGGUCCCGGGACACAUCAACACGGAGUACCAUGAUGAUUAAACCAUAUGUGAGACAAGGCGAGGGGGAGGAGGCCGUCAGCCCUCUGCAGUGGAUGGAUGGAGACAUGAGCUCACCUGAUGGAGACGCAUCAGUCUCAUCACACGGCUGCAGAGAUGAUGGAGUGAACCAACAGGACAGGGAGAUGGGGAGUGAGGAUGCACAGGAGGACGAGGAGGACGAUGAGGAGGGACAGGAGGAUGAAAACGAGUCCAAACGACGCGGGCCCAAGAAAAAGCGGAUGACAAAGGCCCGGCAGGAGCGAUUCCGUGCGAGACGUGUAAAGGCUAAUGCAAGGGAGCGUUCGCGUAUGCACGGUCUAAAUGAUGCGCUGGAGAGCCUGCGCACCAUCAUGCCGUGUCACUCCAAAACACAGAAACUGUCUAAGAUCGAGACGUUACGGCUGGCCCGCAACUACAUCUGCGCUCUGUCUGAGGCCCUGGAGGGGGGCCUCUCCACAGAGAGCAGGACCUUCAUGGAGACACUGUGUAAGGGCCUCUCACAGCCCACCAGCAACCUGGUAGCUGGCUGCUUUCAGCUGGGACCAGCCUCUGGUGCUGGGAUGAGGCCUGAGGACAGACACAGAGUCCGGCCAGCCCCUGCUCCUCUCGGUGGCGUGGUGAGCUACUCCUCUCCAGGACUGCCAAGUCCGCCGUAUGGCACUUUUGACUCUGCUCACCUGCUUCACCUGAGGGCCAUGAAAGGAGGAGUGUACGAGAAUCACUCGCCAAAUGAGUAUAAUGCCGGAGGAGUAGGGACCCCUCCGUACGAUGGCCCCCCUACACCACCUCUGAGCAUCAGCAGUAACCUGAUGCCCAAACAGGAGCCUUCACCUCACUACCCACCCUCUCACCACUACUCCCCCUCCCCUGUGGACCAGGGCCUAUAUCAGACUCAGACUGGCUAUAACGGACACUUAGAGGGGCCCUAUGACUCCUACCAUCCACAGCACAUGCCCCCCCGACAGAUAACCUCCGUCUACAGAGACUAAGACGGGUCAGGAGAGUCGACUCUGUUUCACCCAUCAAUUCAACCUGACUGCUCGUCUUCACUCUUUGAUCCUUCAUGAACACUGACUGAA